AUGGCCUCGUCCGACCCAAUCCCCGACCAGUCCCUCGCCCCCAGCAUCCACGUCGAAAACCUAACGUACACCUUCCCCGACCGCUCCCUAGGCCUCACCUCCGUGUCCCUCGAUCUUCCCCCUCGCUCUCGAACCCUCCUAAUCGGCGCCAACGGCGCCGGCAAAACCACUCUCCUCCGCCUCCUGAGUGGAAAACGCCUUGCACCCUCUGGCACCAUAUCAAUCUCCGGGCUAGACCCCUUCAAAGAUGGAUUGGAAGGAGUGACGUAUUUGGGAUUGGAGUGGGUUUUGAAUCCAAUUGUAAGGACUGACAUUGGGGUGAGGGAACUGUUGAGGAGUGUAGGAGGCGAUUAUUACCCCGAGCGGAAAGAUGAAUUGGUGCACGUGCUGGAUAUCGAUCUCGACUGGCGGAUGCAUGCCGUUUCCGACGGGGAGAGACGCCGCGUGCAGCUCGCGAUGGGGUUGAUCCGGCCAUGGAGGAUUCUGUUGUUGGAUGAAAUUACGGUUGAUUUGGAUCUUUUGUCAAGGUCUCAGUUUCUGGCGUUCUUGAAAAAGGAGACGGAGGAGAGGCAGUGCACAAUUGUGUACGCAACGCAUAUUCUGGAUAAUCUUGCGGGGUGGCCGAGCCAUCUCGUGCAUAUGAGUUUGGGGAAGGUCAAGGAGUGGGGGCCGAUUGAUGGGUUUGAGAUUAGUGGGAGGGGGGAGAGUGGGAAUUCGAGCUUGGGAGAGUUGGUACUUGGGUGGUUAAGGGAUGAUUUGGCAGAGAGGGGACCGAGGAAUAGGGCCGUGGGGAGUGAGGGGAAGGCGUACUUUAAUCCGGGUUUGGGCGGGUAUGGGGCGGAGGAUAUUAGGAAGAUCGAGGGUGGUGAUAAAAAGGGGUGGUGA